CCGUGUACUUGUAGUCACGGGUAGGUUCGAAUUCGGACUUCAACCCUUGGGAGAAGCUUUCUACAAAAUCCACAUGCCCGGGUGCCAUAGGAUGCUCCUACGAUCUUUAAAUCGAGAAGACGAUAUAUGCAUCCCCGACAUAAUGACGGCUACCGCUCACUUCACAAAGAGUUGAUGUCGAUGCACCUUUCAUUUUCGUUUUGAAGAAAUCAGUUUUCUGGGGCCUGUGUGUCCCAGAUACAUCAAAUCUUCUAUGAAAACAGUACGCCAUUAGUAGGCUGUAGCUACCUACUCCAAGGAACAGGUCCAGUGGCACGAUGCUGGCAGAAGACAGCGGCGUAAAAUCCGAACAUAAAACCGAAGGUAACUGCCUUUGUGUAGCAAGUCAAUCUGAACUACCGUGCAUGUUAUCGAGGUCUUGUCGAUCAGCCGUCAGUCUACCCCUGCCUGUUGUGUUGUCCACUCUGGCGCUCGUCUUGUCGACAAUCACGUCUGUCUACGUGGCGCUGAAUACAGGCUGCACGCCUUGCACCAUAUCGCGCCCAGGCAGGCUGUCAACAAGUCUCCCAGUUUCACCAUCUGCAGACGUCAGCCAAGAGAACGGAGCGCCUACCCGACAGGAUGGACGCAAUAAUCCGCAAUUUUUCCACGAAAUACUGAAGAGGGCUGCUAACAAGAACAACGGAAAAUCUGGGAAAAACAGAGGCAGUGAUCCAUGCCGACGACGGUGCAAGACCAAAAGUCACCGUGUACUGGCCUCACACUUUGUUCCAAAAGGCACCGGAGACCUGCCCUUUGCACCAGGUAUGCCAUGUGUUGAGUAUGAAAGGAAAACCCUGAUUUGUAGAAACCAAACAGCUAUCCAACGUGAACAAAAUGCCGAUAUUAUGCGACAUUUCUGGGUUAUGUCGUCCACGAAGAUAAAGAAGAAACCACCAAUGGAACUGACGGACGGGAAAUUUGUAACCAUAAAAAAGACGGGUCAAUAUCUGAUUUACAGUCAGGUACGUUUGCUACAGGGAACCUUCUUGGAGUCGUCAUAUCGGACUAGCCUCCAGGUGACUGUUGACGGCAAAAGUGUAAUGAGAUGCACAGAGAGUUCAAACGAGCAGAUGUAUGACGUCAGUUAUCAGUCGUGCGGCGUCAGUGGUGUCUUUAGCCUGUCAGCCAAUCAGAAAGUCGCUGUCAAGUUCCCCUACCCUGGCACACAGAUAGACCUUAAACAGGACGCCACCUACUUCGGCCUGAUUUACAUGUCCAAAUAAUUCUCCCCGUGAAACAGAUAGGGGAAGCUUUAACAUCAUUCCCAAGCUCAUCGUGGGGCCUUCGGCACAUGGCGAUUACGUGUAAACGUACGUCAAACAAAUUCGCCCAGUCCUGAUAGGUUUUCUCCGGAAGUGAACUAUCCCAGAAACCUCUUGUGACCGUAAGAUUUGAACUCCCUGUGCCCUGAGGCAAUCAGUUUUUGUGGUAGGCUUCGUUUUGCGCCAAUAUCGCUCAAAACGACACCGGGCAUUUU